AUGGGUGCAGAUCUAGUCGAGUUCUCCGCGUUCAAGGAAAGCCUCGAGGAAGCAAACAUCUAUUUUCGUUCGCUCGGCUGUACAUGGUCCGUUCUGGAUGAACUAAGCGCAACCCCGUUGUCCUCCCGGAUUGACGACCCAAGGCUCGCGCAGCCUCUGUGUACCGCACUCCAGGUUGCUCACGUUGAUCUUCUCACAGCCUGGGGUGUUUCAUCACAAGCGGUGGUUGGCCAUUCAUCUGGGGAGAUCGCCGCUGCAUAUUGCACGGGAGCGCUCACGAGAGAAUCUGCGUGGCUUGUCGCCUAUUUCAGGGGCGAGGCUGUCACAAAGCUUGCUGUGCAUCCACAAAAUUCGAAAGGAGCCAUGCUCGCUGUUGGUUUGUCUGAGGUCGAGCUGGAACCGCAUAUCGCCGCCGUCGUUGCUGAAGGAGAAGCAAGCAACCUGACAUGUGCCUGCAUCAACAGUUACCAGAGCACAACAGUCGCUGGUGUUGAGAGUUACAUCGACAAGCUCGCGUCGCGCUUGCGGUCCAACAAAAUCUUUGCGCGUAAGCUCAAUGUACCGGUCGCUUAUCACUCGCCCCAGAUGCUUCAGGUUGCGGACGCCUACAAGGCAAUGCUCGAAGGCUAUCUGGCCACCAGGCCCCAGAGCGCCUGCUCACCGCGGCCGUUGUUUUUCUCGUCUGUCCUAGGGUCGGAACUAUCGGACGAAGACUUAUGCCAGGCAAGCUAUUGGGUCUCGAAUCUCGUUUCCAAAGUGAGGUUCUCUGAGGCUGUCAAACUCAUGGUGUCAUCGUUAUCCGAACCCAAGCCCGCGGUCUUACCCUAUCUGAUCGAGGUGGGACCCCAUCCCACAUUACAGAGACCUGUCAAGGAGAUUUUGGGUGAUGAUGCUGACUACAUGUACGACCACAUUGUUCAACGUAAUCAGUCUUCGGGCAGGACAGCGAUGGAGAUGCUCGGGAAGCUCGUAAUUCAUGGAUACCCGGUCAACGUUGAAGCUGCAAACAACUACGCCAGCAGUGGUUAUGAGCCGAAGAUGCUUCUGAACCUCCCUCGGUACCCUUUCAACCAUACGCAGUCUUAUUCGCUUGAGAGCAGGCUGUCGAGGAACCGUCGUUUUCGCAAAAGCCCACGACAUGAGUUGCUUGGCAACCCUACCACUGACUGGAAUCCCUAUGAGCCUAAAUGGCGCUUCACGAUACGCGAGUCUGAUCUUCCAUGGGUCGUCGAUCACAAGAUUGACGGAACCGUCUUGUAUCCCGCAGCCGGUAUGCUGGCAAUGGUCCUUGAGGGCGCCCGGGCGCUUACUACUGGAGACACCACCGUCGUUGGCUACCGGCUAAGGGACGUGAGCGUCACGAGUGCUUUAGUUGUGCCUAUCACCGAUGAUGGGAUCGAAACGCAGUUACAUAUGCAUCCGCAUUCCAGGCUUCCGGCCGACCGGAGUGCACCGGCUUGGGCAUUCGCGAUAUACUCCGUCAUGGACAACAACUGGGAAUUGCACAUCUCAAGUCAAGCGUUUACAGUACAACGCGCGACUACAGAUCUGGUUUCCGGGGGUAUCCUGGACGGAUGCGCUCAGCCUGCACACGCCAACGGUUUCUCGGAAGCCAGUGGACGCUGCACGGAUCGCAUCGACUCGGCUCAGUUCUAUUCUGAUAUUCACAAGAAAGGAUUCCACUUUGGCAAAACUUUCCAGACACUUGACGAUAUCUCGGUCAACCAUAGAGACCGCGAGGCUACAGCCCGGGUCACUUUUGGACAGUGGACACAGCUAGUAAGACAACACGAGCUCCGCGACCAUAUCAUCCACCCAUCCACCCUCGAUAGUCUCUUACACGUCCUCUUCGCGUCUACCCGCCAAUCCUGGCAUGUCUGGCCCACCAUGGUUCCAACAAGAUUCUCCGAUGUUUAUAUUUCCUGUGGCUUACUGGAAGGACUACGAGAAGACGCAAUGCUUCUUCAUGGCAAGAUCAUCAGCCGCGGUAUUUCUCAUAUGGACGGUGAUGUAGUCGCCGUGGACAGUGUCACCAAAGCCCCCAUGAUCAUAGCUCGCGGCUGUAGGCUGUCUGCGUUUCACGCUAGCAACCAGCAGGAGGGCAUGCUACCCAAGCUGGCGACACUUUUUCAUCAACUGCAUUGGAAGCCCGACAUAAGCCUCAUGUCCCAAUGCCAGAUUGAAGAGUACUGUUGUCGAGAGCCACGUGGCUUGCCUGGACAUGAAAUCGAUCGACGCACAGAAACCGUAUGCCGUCAUUUCAUGUCUACGGCGCUUGAGGCCCUCCUUGAUACCUUCUUGCCCUCAAAACCUGAGCUGCAGAAUUACACUCAAUGGGCGACGGGAUUUCUCGAACGCGAAAAACAGGCUACAUCAGACCUUAUCCAGGAUUGGUCUGGGUUCGAUCAGGACGGCAUGGGCUCUAAUCUGAUCGAUGAUUACCGAGCGAGUUCGUCCGCAAAUAACAGCCUCGUGUUGUUCCUCAGUAACCUGCCCGCCAUACUCGCUGGAGAGGUCGAUCCACUCCAUCUGAUGUUUAAUGAUGGUGUUGCCGAGAGCUUCUACGAGAGGCCAAUAUUCAGCCUUUCGGCGUACAGGAUUGCUCUCUACAUGGAUCUCUUGGCCCACAAGAACUCGAACAUCCAUAUUAUUGAAGUUGGUGCAGGAACCGGUAGCGCCACAAACGCUGUCUUGGACGUUCUUUCACGUCAAGGGAGGUUCACAGGCUCCUCACCACGAUUCAACAAGUACGACUUCACAGACAUCUCGCCGAGUCUCUUUGCCAAGGUCCAGGAACGUUACGCGGGAUAUUCGAGCGGCAUGAGAUACAAAACCCUGGACAUUGGGCGCGAUCCAACAGAGCAAGGCUUUGAACCCAACUCCUACGAUGUUGUCAUUGCUGCUUCAGUGCUGCAUGCGACCGAGAACAUUGAGACGACGUUGGAAAACGUCAAGAAGCUACUCAGACCUGGUGGGCAACUCAUCUUCGCGGAACCCACGAACCAUCGAAUAGCAACCAUACCCUGUUUCUCUGGUGUUCUCCCUGGCUGGUGGCUUUCUACGGACGAAUUCAGAACCUCAGGUCCACUCCUAAGUAAACAGGAUUGGAACCGAGCGCUGCUUCACGCCGGUUUUGAGGGCUUGCGAGUGUCGCUAUCUGAUGACGUCGAGGAAAACCACGUGCUGACUGUCAUGGUGUCCUGCUUGCCAUCAUCAGCGAAUCACAAGAAUGACCCCACGACCGUCAUCAUUGCAGAAACGGGUGAGCAGCGUGAGAUCGCCAAUACUCUCCAAGCAGAACUUGCCUCGCGCACAGAGAGCGCAUGUGAUAUUCACUCACUGGACUCAUAUGUUUCGGUGCCCGACAAGUACGAGCAAUGCAUAUCUCUGAUAGAGAUAUGGAAUCCCGUCCUUGACCGAAUGACCGAGGUCCAAUUCCAAGCACUUCAGCAAAUACUCCGGGCGUCCAAGCAGAUAAUCUGGGUGAAUGAUUCUUGCGGAGAGGUUCCUUCCAAACCCGAGUCCUCCAUGAUUUCUGGCUUCGGAGAGACCAUCAUGCGUGAAAACCCAGACACGAGUUUCAUUCAUCUUAACUUGGAUCCAGGGCCUUCGGUCGCAACCGACAUCCUGCGGAUUGUUCAGCAUAGGCGCAGCGUGCAUACUCGACAAAUGGAGACCGACUUACUGAAGCAGUCAGACGUCUUCUUGAUCCCGAGAGUGGUCGAAGCUCCUCAUAUCAAUAAGCUUCUAGAAUAUGAGAGUGGCGGAACGCUCCCCAAAGCGACAGCAGUGGACAAAGAAUGGGAGUCCGCCGAUAAUGCAUUGGAACUGCAUCAUAUCCCUAAGGGCCUCGACUCGUUCCACUAUGCCUUCGACCCACGACCGUUGCAAGCGCUCCACGAGAGUGAAGUCCGAGUGCUAGUCAAGGCGACUGGAAUCAACUUCAAAGACGUCAUGGUUGCCUUGAAUCAGGUGGCCGACGACCACAUCGGCCAGGAAUUCGCUGGUGUCGUCACGCAGAUCGGGUCGAGCUCAGAGACAACCUUUCGUCCAGGUGACAAAGUGUGCGGCUUCACAGAUGGAAGUUUUCGCACUUUCGUGCGUGCGAAGAAUUCCCACCUCAUGAAAGUUCCCGAAUCCAUGCCUUUUGGUGAAGCAAGCGCAAUACCUAUCGCAUAUGCCACAGCCCACGGGGGCAGUGGGCAGGCUGCUGUACAAAUAGCGCAGAGCGUUGGCGCGACAGUAUAUGUCACUGUCAGCACUCCUGAGAAGAAGAAACUUCUAAUGGGCCGAUAUCACAUCCACUCUGAUCAGUUCUUCUCGAGCCGCCACCUUGCCUUUGCGCAGCAAAUCAUGCAGAGAACUGACGGUAGAGGCGUGGACGUCGUCCUCAACUCUCUCUCUGGCCAAGCAUUGACGGAAACCUGGAGGUGCCUUGCGGCAUUCGGAAGAUUCAUCGAACUUGGCAAACGAGACAUCGCCGCCUUCAAAGAUCUUCCCAUGGAGCCUUUCCAACGUAACGUUUCAUUCUGCUCGCUUGACCUCGCCGUGGUUAGCAAGCACAACGAUGCCUUGAUGAGAAAGAUCAUGCGGGAGGUUCAGUCGCUGGUUCUGGAUGAGUCCACACGGAAGUACAGUGCAGCAUACCCUCUGACGGUGUUCAAGCGUUCGGGCUUUGAAGAUGCGUUCAGACUCCUCCAGACUGGACAGCAUUCCGGUAAAGCUGUGGUUGACUGGGAGCAAGAUGACAUUUUGCAGGUGAUCCCGAAAAGGGAGCUGGACUACGAGUUUGACAGCAAUGCUACCUAUUUUAUCACUGGUGGGCUCGGUGGGGUUGGAAGGAGCAUCGCUGCGUGGAUGUCCCGGCACGGCGCAAAGCAUCUCGUCUUGCUCUCACGCUCUGGUGUUAAAACACCUGCUGCUGUGGAGCUCGUCACCAGCCUAGAGAAUAGCGGUGUCUGUGUUUAUACACCCAGAUGUGAUAUCACUGACGCGGACGCGCUGAAAGCAGUGGUUCAACACGUCCAAGCGAGCAUGCCACCUAUCAGAGGCUGCAUACAGGGCUCGAUGGUCAUCAAGAACAGUAUGUUCCAGGAUUUCACUCUUCGAGAGUUCCAAGCCUCGAUUGACCCCAAAGUAAAGGGGACCUGGAACCUUCAUCACCAGCUCCCACCCCAGAUGGACUUCUUCGUCCUUCUCUCGUCCAUUGCUGGCGUCCAUGGCGCCAGUUCGCAGGCCAAUUAUGCUGCCGCAAACGCCUUCCUCGACGCCUUCGCCAGGUUCCGCCAUGCCCAGGGGCAACGGUGCAUUUCUCUAGACCUUGGAAUCAUCGAAAACAUCGGUUAUAUCGCUGAGCGCAUCGAUGUGGUCCAGGGUUUUGCCAUGUCGUAUCUUGAUUAUAAGAGUCUCCGGGAACAGGACCUGCAUUUCAUGCUCAAAUAUGCUUGCAACCCUCGCCUCAGUGUCUCCUCGCCCUGGGAAACUCAGCUCCUUGGUGCAUUGACAACCCCAGCUUCUGUGAAGCGCGGCGGUUUUAUCCAAGACCAUGGGUGGAUGCGGUUGCCAAUGUUCUGUCACCUUUACCAGAUGGAACAGGACGUGGAGUCGCCAAGCGCCGCCAUACAACCUGAUUCAUCUGGUUUCCAGCUUCGAGCAGCGGAGUCGCUCGACGAAGCGGCUGCUGUGGUCGCGGCCUUGUUGGCGAGGCGCUUGGCACUGUCUCUAGCUGUUCCGGUGGAAGAUAUCGACAUCAAUUGCCCGCCUCAUACCUACGGAGUUGAUUCUCUCCUUGCUGUGGAACUUGUACACUGGUUCUCAACGGAGAUACGGUCCGACAUGCCGACAGUCCAGAUACUGGGCAGCACAACCACCGCGCAGCUGGGAUUAUUAGCUGCGGCGAAGAGCGACCACGUCUUGAACCGUGACUAA